GCGGCACCUGGAGCUCCCCCGGCCGGCCACUGGGGAGUCUCCGCCUGACAGACGGCGCCCCGGAGGACCGGGAUCACAGGAGAGGGACAGCCACCUCCAGGACUGCACCUCCUCUGGUCCCCGCGCCUGGACCUCGCCUGACCACCUGUGCCCUGGUGGCUUCAUCCCCGAUGUGUGACCUGAGUAGAGCAGCCUCCAUGCUCCGUUCCUGCAUGACGGUCGGCGGCACGGCGCUUCUGGUAGCUGGGAUGCUCUGCUUUGCUUGGUGGAGCGAAGGAGAAGCAGGUGCUCAGCCUGGCCGACCCGACCCUUCCCCUGGGCGCUUGGUGCCCGAGGCCCCGAGCCCCCUGCUGAGGUCGGUCAGCUUCUUCUGCUGUGGCACAGGCAGCCUGCUCCUACUCAUUGGCUUGCUGUGGUCUAUCAAGGUCAGCACACGGGGGCCUCCCCGAUGGGACCCGUAUCACCUCUCCAGAGACCUGUACUACCUCACUGUGGAGCCCUCGGAGAAGGAGAGCUACAGGAUCCCAAAGGCGAGUGCCAUCCCCACUUAUGAGGAGGCCAUGUGCUGUCCACUUGCCGAGGGGCCCCUGACACCACCUGCCUGCCCUGCGGAAGAAAGCCCGAAGGGCUCUGCCUCCAGGGAUGCCCUGCCUGGGGCCCAGCCCCCCUUGCCGCCCCCCACCUAUGAGAGCGUGAUCAGUGCUGUUGGUGGAUCUGGAGAGAUGGAACCCGCCACAGCGUGCUCCGGCCCAGGCCCGGCUCAGACGACAGCGAGGGGACACUCGAGGCUCCCAAGCACACCCCAAAGCUGGGGACAAAUGAGGAGCCUCUAGUGUAGAGUGCAGUGCCUGGUCCACAGGGGGCACUCAGCCAAUGUUUGUUGCUGAAGGCUGUUGUAUUGACCUAUCGCUGUGUAAAUAAUGGCUUAACAUAAAUCCAUUUUAUUA